AUGUUCUCCCCCUCCAUCUACACCGUCAGCGUCUUCCAACUCGGCCUCACCUCGGCCCUCAGCGCCUACGGCCUCUACCUCUCCUACCAAAACAUAACGCGCCUGCAGCAAUACGAAAAGCAGAGCGAGAAAGCUGCAGAAUGGUCAAAUACUGCGGCGCAAAGACUGCACAAGACGCGGUCGACGCAGACCAGUGGGACUGUUACGCUACUACUCAGCCUCCUCACCUCCACGGCCCUCCUCAUCGUACCUAGUCUCGCGUCUACAAAAGUGCUUAUUGGGGCUGGCGCGGCGAACGCGGCAGCUGCGUACCUUGCUCGGGUACACAUGAACAACUUCUGGAACGACAAGAAUCAGACGAAAAUCCCGUUUGUCGAGAAGUUCAAUGAAGCGAUACGGGGUAGUGAGCUUGUGGUGUUAUUGCUGGGUACAUUGAGUCUGGGAUGGGCGGCAGCAGGAGGCGUAUGGGCGGGCAUGGCGAACGGUGGAUCAGGGAUACUGGGCCUGGGUGUUUGGGGGCUGGUCGUAGGUGGCAGGGUCAUGUCGAUUGCGCCGCAGAUGGGGUGGACCAGUACUACGCAGUCUUAG